GGAAACUGUUCUCCACAAAGAACCCCAUUAGUUUGGAACUGCAGGAUUCCUUUGCAUCAGAUGCCAAAAUGAAAGAACCACCUUUAGGUGAUGAAUGUGACAAGGCAGUAACACCACAGCUGGGACGGCUAGAUGAAAUUAAGACAGAACCUGACAAUGGUCAAGAGUAUUGUCAAGUCCAACAGCCCAAAACUCAGGAGAAUGAUCUGAAAAUAAACACUACGUUUUCAGACAGUGCUUCACAGUUGACUGGAGGCCUUCAGCUUUCUCUGGCAUCACCUUGCUUGAAUAAAAUACUUCCUUCAGUUUCAACCACAGCUAAUCAGCUUUCCUGUUCUGGUUGUAAAAAAAUUCUCCAUAAGGGGCAAACUGCUUAUCAGAGGAAAGGGUCUACUCAGUUCUUCUGCUCCAUACCAUGCAUCACUGAGUAUAUUUCAUCUGCCAAUUCACCAGCUCCUACCAAGAGAACUUGUUCAAAUUGCUCAAAAGACAUUUUAAAUCUAAAGGAUGUGAUCCGUGUCCGGCUGGAAGAUACCUCCAGCAAAAAUUUUUGCAGCCAAUCUUGUCUUUUAUCGUAUGAAGAAAAAAGAAAACGAUUUGUUAACAUAUGUACUAAUAGCAUUUUGACCAAGUGCAGCAUGUGUCAGAAGACUACUGUUAUUCAGUUUGAAGUAAAAUACCAGAAUGUGAAACAUAGUCUUUGCAGUAAUGCCUGCUUUUCCAAGUUUCAUUCCGCUAACAACCUCAUCAUGAACUGUUGUGACAACUGUGGAGCUUACUGUUACACCAGCUCUAGUCUGUUUCACAUACAUCUAAUGGAAGGACUGUCUUAUUACUUUAAUAGUUCAAAGAAUAUUAUAGCAUAUAAGCAGAAACCAGCCAAAACACUUACAUCCGUUACUUGCAAAUCAUUGAAGUCCUCAGAUGAAAUGCUUGAGAUUGCCAAUGACUUGAGAAAGACAGGGCUUUUCUGCUCUAUUAAUUGUUUCUCUGCAUACAAUAAAGCUAAGAUGGAAUCUUCUACAGUAAAUGUUUCCAGAGUGCAUGAUGUUUUAAGAGAGCUCCUUUCUCCAAAGAAAGAUACAACUCCAGUUAUAAGCAAUAUAGUAUCAUUGGCAGACACUCAUGAUGCCCUGCCUAUCAUGGACACUGAUGUCUUACAAGGUACAGUUUCUACAUUAAUGGCAAAUGUCAUUGUGGAUAUUUCUAAGAGUUCACCCAGUGAAUCAAGUAGUGGUGUUGCUGAUAGUAGUAGUAUGGAAGAGCCAAGCCUUUCACCGUCUUCAUCAAUACUCAGUCAGCAUACAAUUGGUUCCAAAAUAGAAGCACAAAAACAUAACAUGUCAAACCAGGAUCCUGUAUACAAUGUGAAAUCUGUGACAAUAAACGAUGGACUCUGUCACCCAAAAUUUACAUCCAAAGUACAAAAAGUUAAAGAUAAAUCACGAAAUAUUAAAAAAUCUUGGUGUUCAAAUUUUCAGCAUUUGGGAAACAGUAUUAGAAAAGAUACGAUGUUCUGUUAUUCGUGCCAGUUGUUCUGCCAGAAAAAUUUUAGCUAUGGAGGAACCCAGAUUAGAAAUUGGAAAAAAACUCUGCAAAAUUUCAGAAAGCAUGAAAAAAGUGAAAUGCAUUUGAAAUCUUUGCAGUUUUGGAGGGAGUACCAGUUUUGUGAGGAAGCUGUCAAUGAAAAUUUGUCUAUUCAUUCAAAACAGAUUGAGGGAAAUAAAAAAUACCUAAAGCUUAUAAUUGAAAAUAUUUUAUUUCUUGGAAAGCAGUGUUUACUCCUAAGAGGAAACGACCAGUCUAUUUCAUCUGUGAAUAAAGGAAAUUUUUUAGAAUUGUUAGAAAUCAGAGCAAAAGAUAAAGGAGAAGAAAUAUUUCGACUUACGAAUUCACAAGUUGACUUCUACAAUAGUACACAAAUUCAAAGUGAUAUUAUUGAAAUAAUAAAGACUGAAAUGUUGCAGGAUAUUGUGAAUGAAAUCAAUGAUUCCUCAGCCUUUUCAAUAAUAUGUGAUGAGACAACUGAUAGUGCCACUAAAGAACAGCUUUCAAUUUGUGUAAGAUACCCACAAAAAACAUCAACGGCUAUCUUAAUUAAAGAAAGAUUCUUGGGUUUUGUUGAUAUUGAAGAGAGGACUGGGACCCACUUACAUAGGACUAUUAAAACUUAUCUGCAGCAAAUUGGAGUUGAUUUGAAUAAAAUAUAUGGACAGGCCUAUGAUAGUACCAUUAAUUUGAGGGUAAAAUUUAAUAAAGUUGCAGCAGAAUUCAAGAAGGAAGAGCCAAGAGCUUUAUAUAUACAUUGUUAUGCACAUUUCUUAGAUUUAGCAGUAAUUAGGUUUUGUAAAGAAGUAAAAGAACUCCGAAGUGCUCUGAAUACUCUUAAUUCUUUGUUCAACACUAUUCAUAUGUCUGGGGAAUUAUUGGCACAUUUUCAAAACAUUUGUAAGCUGAGGCAAAACAAAACAUGCAGGAAACAUACAUCACAAUCAUGUUGGACAGUCCAUGAUCAUAUGUUACUAUCCGUGAUUGACAGUCUUCCAGAGAUUAUUGAAACACUGGAAGUUAUGUCAAGCCAUUCUUCAAACACAAGCUUGGCCGAUGAAUUGAGUGAUUUGUUGACACUGGUUUCCAAAUUUGAGUUUAUUUUUUGUUUGAAAUUUCUUUAUCGAGUGCUAAGUGUUACAGGAAUUCUUUCCAAAGAGCUUCAAAGUGAAACCAUAGACAUUUUUUCUUUGUCUUCAAAAAUAGAAGCAAUUUUAGAAUGUUUAUCAUCUGAAAGAAAUGAUGUGUACUUCAAAACUAUCUGGGAUGGAGCAGAGGAAAUAUGUCAAAAAAUAACCUUUAAAGGUUUUGAAGUUGAAAAACCUUCUCUUCAGAAAAGAAGAAAAAUUCAGAAAACAAUAGAUCUUGGCAAUUCAGAUAGUACGUUUUUUCCUACAUCAACAGAAGAACAGUAUAAAGUUAGUAUUUAUUACCAAGGAUUAGAUGCUAUAUUACAGAAUUUAAAAUUAUGUUUUUCAGAGUUUGAUUAUUGCAUAAUGAAACAAAUUUCAGAACUGUUAUUUAAAUGGAAUGAACCAUUAAAUGAAGCAACAGCCAAACAUAUUCAAGAAUUUUAUAAACUUGAGGCAGACAUUGUCCCAGAACUUAGAUUUUAUCGGCAGUAUGCCAAGCUCAACUUUGUCAUAGAUUAUGAUUGCAUUAACUUUAUCAAUCUUGGCUAUUUGUUUAUUCAGCAUGGUCUGCACAAUAAUAUUCCUUGCAUUUCAAAGCUAUUGUAUAUUGCUUUGUCUUGGCCAUUUACUUCAGCCAGUGCUGAAAAUUCAUUUUCUAUACUGCCUCGUCUUAAAACAUAUUUAUGUCAUACCAUGGGACAAGAGAAGCUUAGUGGCCUGGCCCUAAUGGCUGUUGAGCAGGAAUUGGCAAAUAAACUGAUGGAGCCUGAAAGACUCAAUGGAAUUCUGGAAAAGUUUAUCAAUCAGGUGAAAGAAAUAUAAUACUUGCUAAUUUGAACUUGCCUAAAAGAAUUUUUUAUUUCUAUUGGAAUUUUUAUUUCAAAAUUAUGUGUCUUAAGAAAAAC